AUGUCCAUGAUCACAACAUCCACAUGGGUGCCCCGAGGCUUCGCGGCACCCUUCCCCUCCAAGUACACAUUCGACGAGGCCGAGUUCGAGCGCAUAGCGGAACUCGCCAAGCUGCAGCUGGACGACGCGAAGGAGGACUAUGAGGACGCGAAAGAAGAGGAAGAUGCGGCGAUGUCCGCAAAGGACUCGGCUCCCAGCUCAAAAGCCGAGAAGGUCGACAUCAACGACGCGGACCUGAAAGAGUACGACCUCGAGCACUACGACGACACCGACGAGGACGACGACGAGGAGAAGGUCGGACAGGGCGAGGGCAUGGCCAUGUUCGGCAACGUCAAGUCGCUGGCCUACUACGAGUCGAACAAGGAGGACCCGUACAUCACCCUGAAGGACCAGGACGACGACGAGGACGAGGACCGCGAGGACCUGCAGAUCCUCGCGACCGACAACCUGCUGCUCGCGGCCAAGGUCGAGGACGAGAUGGCGCACCUCGAGGUCUACGUCUACGAGGACGCCGCGGACAACCUCUACGUCCACCACGACAUCAUGCUGCCGGCGAUACCCCUCUGCGUCGAGUGGCUCGACAUUCCCGUGCAAAAGGCUGGCGUCGACAAGGACUCGACGGCCAACUUCGUCGCCGUCGGCACUAUGGACCCUGAUAUUGAGGUCUGGGACUUGGACACGGUGGACUGCAUGUACCCCAACGCCAUCCUGGGUCAGGCCGGCGAGGGUUCUGAGGAGAAGAAGAAAAAGAAGAAGAAGAAGGCCAAGGCUAACGACGAGUACCACGUCGACGCCGUUUUGGCUCUCGCCGCGAACAGGAAGCACAGGAACUUGUUGGCGUCUGCCUCGGCAGACAAGACCGUCAAGCUUUGGGAUCUGCACACGGCGAAGUGUGCCAAGUCGUACACUUACCACACGGACAAGGUCUGCUCUCUGGCGUGGCAUACGGUUGAGUCCACCGUUCUUCUGAGCGGCAGCUACGACAGAACGGUUGUCGCCGCAGACAUGAGAGCCCCUGAGGCCAAGGCGCCCAGGUGGGGUGUCGAGAGCGAUGUCGAGAACAUCCGGUGGGAUCCCCACGACCAGAACUUCUUCUACGUCUCUACGGAGAACGGUAUCAUCCACUACCACGACGUCCGUAAUGCGCCGUCAACCCCUGAGGCGACCAAGGCCGUCUGGACGCUGCAAGCGCACGACGAGUCGGUUUCUUCCUUUGACAUCAACCCCGUGCUGCCUGGUUUCAUGGCCACCGGUUCGACCGACAAGACCGUCAAGCUGUGGAACAUUCAACCCUCGGGCCCUUCCAUGGUCGUCUCCCGCAACCUGGACGUCGGCAAGAUCUUCUCUACACAAUUCGCGCCGGAUCCCGAGGUGGCUUUCAGGCUCGCUGUUGCCGGCAGCCGCGGUACCAUGCACGUCUGGGACACCAGCACCAACGCCGCCGUGCGCCACGCCUUUGCCGGGCGCGUUCCCCGAAAGGCGGAUGGCGCCGAAGAGGAGGACAGGCUGGUCGGUGUCGCUGACGAUGACAGCAGCUCCAGCGAGGACGAGGGUGAGGAUGAGGAGGGUGAAAAGGAUGGCGAAUCGAUGGACGAGGAUGAUGACUAG